CAACUAAAUCUUUCAAACGGGACAGAAGCUUACACGAACUGGAAAGACAUUCCUGUUCCUCUCUACAUGAGGUUUUAUGUUUUCAAUGUCACCAAUCCUUACGAUGUCAUCCUAAACGCCAGUAAACCCGUAGUGCGGGAGAUAGGACCAUAUACAUUUAGGGAGAAGAGAAGUAAAGAAAUACUUAGCUGGGACACUGAAAACGGCACCGUACAAUACCGAGAAAUCAAAACAUACAUUUUCGACCGAGAAAAGUCGUUCGGCACGCAGGAUGAGAUGGUCUACGUCAUCAAUGCGCCGAUGGUGGGAAUCGCUACCAUGGCAAUGCAGAAGCUCUCGGGUCUUGUACGACCAAUCUUCAUGCCUAUUCUCAGUUCGUUACUGGAGAGUUACAAUGAACAGCUCUUUGUUAAUCGGACUGUUCGACAAAUUCUGUUUGAAGGAUACGAAGUUCCACUUCUUAAAGACCUAACAAAUCUUGCCAAACCCUUUUUUGACAUUCCAACGAUCCUGCCUAAUAAUACUUUUGGAGUUUUCUAUGGGAAAAACAACAGUGACGAUGGAAUCUAUUCAGUGUAUACCGGAAGUCAAGGAGUUGAAAAUUUUGCUUUAGUGGAGACAUGGAAAAAUAAAAGCUCCCUCUCGUUUUGGCAUUCCAAGUAUUGCAACAUGAUCAACGGUACAGAUGGAAGUAUGUUCCCGCCAUUUUUAGACAAAAGUGAUACACUUUACAUUUUUACUACGGACUUGUGUCGGUCUCUGUAUCUGUGGUUCGAACAAGAAACAAAAGUGUUGGGAAUUGAUGCAUACCGUUUCACUGGUCCUGAUAAACUAUUUGCUGACCCUCACGUGGAUCUGGACAACAAAUGUUUCUGCGCUGAUCCCAACAACUGCUUGAAAGCCGGAGUCAUCGAGUUGACAUCCUGUCAAAACGGUGCACCAGUUGUUGCUUCUGGUCCUCACUUCUAUCAAGGGGCGCUGGAGUAUCAAAGUGCUAUUGACGGAAUUAAGCCAAUUAAAAAGAAACAUGAAACCUUUCUAGAUGUUGAACCGCUCACAGGAUUAGUACUGAACGCUUCCAAGAGACUUCAAUUAAAUAUAUAUGUUCGUCAAACACCUGGAAUCAUAGGACUACAAAAUAUACAUGACACCAUUUUCCCUUUGAUCUGGCUCUGUGAGUCUGCAGAAAUUGAUGAAUCCUCUGCGAAUUUGUUCAAAAACCAAGUUCAAAUUCCGAUGAACCUAGGCACGAGUAUUAUGUUAGCAGCUAUAGUGCUAGGCAGCAUGUGGACCAUAGUAGCAUUAGCAAUUACGGCGUACUACUGUAAACAAGCAAGGAAUCCAAGGUUCAUUGUAUGUCAGAGCCAAGAACGUUUGUCUACUGCCUCAAGCACAUUAGAAGAACAAGAAGCUCCUGGAUCACCUGUUUCUGGCCACAUCAAAUAACGGAACAGUUUAUCAGUGAGGCCCUUAGCCUAUAUACAACUGUUUAACACUAUAAAAUAGUAAAAUGAAAUUACUUUUGAGUUACUGUUUGAUUCUCCAAUGUUUCGUUUUUAUGUGUAGUUUGUUUAGAAUUGAUGUACUUUUGUAGUUUUGUUUGCUUCAUGCAUAAUCAUUGUAAUGAUAAAAAUGACGAAACAAGUAUUACAAGCACAGAAAGAACGCUUAAAACACGAGUAGUAAAUUUUUCGGUAACCUGACAAUUGCCCCCCGCAGCCAUUAAUAUAACUGACUAAAAUAGGGAAAAAACAACAUAUUUCUUGUAUUUCAUAGGAGAAUUGAUUAACUAAAACUGUUUAAGUAGGAGAAAGUAACACAGGUUUCAUGAUAAAUUGUCUUUAUUGUAGUAAAAUAAAAAUGUUGAACUAUGCAAAGUUACAUAACGUAAACACUUUAAUUAAAAUUAAAACCUCGUGACAUGCGCAGUAAAGGGUAGACGCUGUGAGAGGGUUAAUAACCUAUAUUUUCUAACACAUCACAUAGCACAUUUUUUGCCAUGUUGAACUUGACAGUUGACCUAUACCUGUGCUAUUAACCAACACAAAAAGUCAUGUUAUUAGUAAAAUGACGUCGAUAGCAAGGCGUAAUAGACUGAAAGUUCCAUUUUAUAUUAAGCUCUUGGCGAAUACAAAGCCCAGUUAUAAUACUAAUACUGUACUGGUCGUAUAUCCUUUCAAUAACAAGGUUAAUUAUAUAGGUUUUGCUUGAAUUUAUUGUGUUACCACUGUAUGCGUAACAACGAAUGGAUAUCAUAACUUUAAGUUAUAAAAGUAUAACGUAACAUACGACAUUGUAUAUACAGCUAAAAUAGAAUAACUGUAUCUCUUGUGUUUUCGUUCGAUGUGUUGAAAGAGCAUUGCCGAAUCUACAACACGUGUUUUCUGUUACUUUUCGUGUGAAGAUCUUAUUAAUACUUUAUUUGAGAUUUGUUACAAGGCUAUACAAUAGUACGUUUUAUGUUCUUCUAGAAGCCAAGGAUAUUGUUACGACAGUAAAUUCUGUGUACGACUGGUGUAAAAUAGUUCAUGGGCGUAUUCGUGACUUAACAUCCGGAAAUCUCCAAACUCUUGUACUUACUGGUUAAUUUUUUGCUCAUCCAAAGCACCGAAAAAUUGCAAAACUUUUGAUAAAAAAACAAACAAAAAUGUGUUGUCCUGUUUAACAACUCCGUUUUAUAUCGAAAAGAAAUGUAAGAAGGAUGUAAUAUGAGAUGUACGUUGCAAUAUACAUAUGCAGAAAACUUGUUGUUACUUAGAAAUUUUUAUAAGAUGUUGUUGUAGGAUUUAAGGUAAAAUGUUUGUUCUAACACGUAUACAACUAUUUUGUGAUGUUGCUAAGACACUUGGACAUUUUAUUCAAACAGAUUUGUCGUAGGUGUCCGUAUACCUUAACUCAAAGUCAAUUAUCGCAAGUGAUAUUAUAUACAUGCAAAAUCGUGUUUUGUAAAGUUAGCGACUUCAUUGGUUUUUUGUUGUUUAAGUGAUUAUUUCAAUCAAUAAUAUACAUCAAAUAAACUCCUAGUUUUCAAAUAGGAAGUUUAUAAAAAAAAAACAGCUGUCUUAUGUUUAAAUAAGCUUGCAAAAUGAACAUUUGUGAUGGUAAAAGGUUAAGAUAAACGAAGAAUUUGAGAAUUUAAUGAAAUUUAAACAGGUCUAAUUAAGCAAAUGGUUUUCCAUUAAACAAGUGGUUCUGUAACAUAGAGAGAGAGACUAAUAAAAACCAGGCUGGUUCUGCAUUAGGCAAAGUUUAAACAAGAAAAAACACUGUGGUGCCUUUAGAAUUGCUUAAAAAUGUCUUGCCUUUUAAUUGGAUAUGUUUUACCGCGUUUAAGAGACUGUAAAUUGGUUACUAUGCAUAUUACGUGUUUUUUUUUCUUCUCAGGUCUAAAAUAUUAGUAAACCUGUCUAGUCUAUUUCUUUCCUGAGUUCGUAUAUUUACGUUUCUAACAUCUGUGCCAGUCCUAAGCUAAGAAUAUUCUUAAGCAAUGAUUGUGAUGUUUAUUGAGGUGUAAAUUAAGGCGGGUACACUUGUGAUAAGUUUGUAGAAGAAGCGCACAUGAAUUGUAAAAAACAAAAUAAAAAUACAACGUUUUGUACAAAAUAAUAUAUGAGGAAUAUUUCAUGCAAAACCACUGAAGUGUCGAAUAUGUAGCUGUAACUGUCAAAAUUAAAUAUUCUAAACAUCUAGAAGAUCCUGAAAUUGCUGACAAAAUUAUUUAUAACCGAUUUAAAUGGUAGAGAAAACAUACGAAUAUUAACAGUAGAUAGCUUUCAAACAUAAGUUUUUGGUUGUUUGGUGUAUGAAAUGUGGAAUAUAUGUGUUCGUGAAACAGAAUUCUAAAAAAUAACUUCUCAGUUAUUAAGGGAUAUUUAAAUAACCUAAACAGAAGAGUUAAAUGUAAGUUGUUUAAAACUGAAUCGUUAAGUUUAUAUCUUUAAAAAUAUAUUAAAUUAGAACGUAAGGUAUAUUGUGUGUAUGUGCUCGCACGCGUUAUCAUGUUGUUUUAUCGUAAACAACUGCAAAUAACUAAGCAUAAAACUAAUGACUCAAUAAAUCAUGUGUAUUUUCAUGUACAGUUGCAAAAUUUGCGAAAAACUGUUGAACUUGAUUCACCUAGAUCAACUAAUCUGACAGACAGAAUGUUUUGUGUGUCAUUGUAAUUGAUUAGGGUUAAAAUGUGACACUAUAGACUCUUCAGAAUAAAAAAAAUAAUAAUUUCGAUUACUUGAACAUAGUUCGUAAAAUAUAGAAAGAAGAAAGAAAUUACUACAAACCUUACCGUGUCUCGAACUUUUACAACAAAGUUUAUUUUAUUUCAAAUAUGUAAGUUAAUCGGACAUUAUAUUUUUAAUUAAAAAUCUAGUAUCAAAUAAAACUAUUCCUCAGUGCCUUCCUCGAUAUUUUAUACUAAUUACGUUUAUCCUCUCUCAAGGGAAACCUUGUUUUUAGUGUUGUAUAUACGUCAACACAAAAGGUUGUAUUUUAAGUGAUACAGAAUAAAAAUAGCAAGUUUUGGAUUAAAA